GGGGCUUCUUAGAAUACUGGGGGAAAGAACAACAGUGUUGGAACAGAGUAACAAUAUAGCAACCGCAAUUUUAUAUAAACAGAAGGCAGAACCCUUCAGUUGAAGGCCCGUUUGCUCUUACAUCACGAUGCAUGUUCGUCAUGUGCGUAUUAAUAAUGCUCUCUGAAUGCAUCGAUCUAAAUGCGUUAAUCUGAAGUCAAGCAGGCCAAACCAUGGGGAAGUCUCUGUUUUCCUUGCCGAAGCAAAAAGAGGAGCAGGAGAAUCUGAUUGAAAGCACAGAGUCUCCUAUUGAGGACAAUAAACAUGAAGUGUCACAGUUUCCAUAUGUUGAAUUCACAGGUAGAGACAGCAUCACCUGUCCUACUUGUCAAGGGACGGGGAGGAUACCUAGAGACCUAGAAAACCAACUAGUUGCUCUAAUACCAUACAGUGACCAGAGGCUGAAGCCAAGACGAACGACAUUGUACGUGUCUUUAUCAGUCGUUCUGUGUCUGCUACUUUCUGGCUUGGCUGUAUUCUUCCUGUUCCCUCAAACUAUUGACGUUUCUUAUGUUGGGGUGAAGUCAGCCUACGUCACAUUCGACCGAGACCGGCGGAUAAUUUAUCUAAAUAUCACGAAUACCCUGAACAUCACCAACAAUAAUUACUACUCAAUUAGCGUUGCCAACAUCACAGCACAGGUGCAGUUCUACAAGACUGUUAUCGGAAAGUCUGUUGUCAGCAAUGUCACCACCAUCACCCCCCUGGAUAUGCGUCAGGUUGAUUUCACUGUUCCCACGAUCAUAGCAAAUGAGAUGAGCUACAUAUUUGACUACUGUACCAUGCCGUCAAUUAAAGUGCAUAACAUUGUUGUCAUGAUGCAGAUGACUGUAACUGUCUUGUACUUUGGCCACGCUGAGCAGGUGUCUCUGGAGAAGUACCUGUACGUGGACUGUGGCUCAAACACCACAUCUUCACGUGGACACAUGAAUGUGAUACAGUGACGGCGCUCCGUAUGACCCACAGUCCGUCUUGUUCCCAUGUCGUGAAACAAAUGGCAGAUGAUGAAGUCUACACUGUAGGGUGACAACAAGAUUGAUCAGGAAGUUUCAGCCAGAGCUCUGAUGUCUUUCUACACCAUCAUUAUCGAUUCUUUAGCACAGCGCUGAAGGUUUUGCUUGGAUAGACAGAAGCACUUUAGUACAUUUUGGGAAAAGGGAUGAGAGCAGCUGAAUAUUUUACAUAGAGCUGCAAACCACUUUGACUACUUCGUUACAAUUGUAUUUUUUCCUGUGCAUUUGUUUUGUAAUGUUAAACAGCUUGCUGCAAUUUCCAUUUGAUCAUGCUUAUUUUAUGGUUAUGUAGCUCUUCGCGGAGCAGUAACUCUUGAUUUUUUUUGAGUAUGGUGUUAACAUCAACAUGCCAGCUUUCAGAAAUGGAAAUGGAGUUUAUGGAAAUGUUGUAUUAAUUCAUAUUUUGGAAUUUUCCAACCUGUAAGACUGCAAUAUUUUUUCACUUCUCAUUUUUCUGGGAGAAUGAAGGUCUAAACUUACGUUUAAAAAAACGUAAAAAAAAAGAAGAAAGGAAUGCGUACAGGUUUGAGGGUGAGUAAAUGAAGACAGAAUUUUGAAAAGUAAAUUUUAACCAGUGAAUGGGGGUAAAGAUUUUGAAGCCCUCCAAAAAUUAAUCCAUCCAAUAUAAAAAGUGCUCCACAUGGCUCUGGGAGUUAAUAAAGGCCAUCUGAAACAAA